CCGACUUUAACGAAACCCCUGCUCGUCGUCUACAACGAUGAGCGCAGUGCUGAAAGCCGCGCGGCGGUCGACCUCGGUCGCGCGCCCCGCCAAGUUGCGAGCAAGUCGCGGUCUCGCAACCGCUACCGACAUUCCGGUCAGGAGAUACGGGGGCCUGAAGGACCAGGACCGCAUCUUUACCAACGCAUACUGCAGGCAUGACCACGGGCUGAAGGGCGCCAAGUCUCGCGGAGACUGGCAUCGCACGAAGGAUAUCAUCCUGAAAGGCGACUCCUGGAUCAUCCAAACUAUCAAGGACUCUGGUCUGCGAGGCCGCGGCGGCGCCGGCUUCCCCAGUGGUCUUAAGUGGAGCUUCAUGAACAAGCCUGGCUGGGAGAAGGAUCCCAGACCACGCUACCUCGUCGUCAACGCCGAUGAGGGCGAGCCGGGAACAUGCAAGGAUCGCGAGAUUCUCCGCGGCGAUCCGCACAAGCUCAUCGAGGGCUGCUUGGUCGCCGGCCGCGCGAUGAACGCCACCGCCGCCUACAUCUAUAUCCGUGGCGAGUUCUUCCAGGAGGCGUCGCACGUGCAACAGGCCAUUAACGAGGCGUACGCGGCCGGUCUCAUUGGCAAGGACGCAUGCGGCUCCGGCUACUCUUUCGAUGUCUACCUGCACCGUGGAGCUGGCGCCUAUAUCUGUGGCGAGGAGACCGCCCUUAUUGAGUCGCUGGAAGGGAAGCAGGGCAAGCCUCGUUUGAAGCCGCCGUUCCCAGCCGACGUGGGCCUUUUCGGUUGCCCGACCACUGUCGCCAACGUUGAAACUGUCGCUGUUGCCCCAACUAUCUGCCGUCGCGGGGGGUCGUGGUUUGCUAGCUUUGGGCGCGAGCGGAACCAGGGCACCAAGCUCUUCUGCAUCAGUGGCCACGUCAACAACCCGUGUGUCGUUGAGGAGGAAAUGAGUAUCCCGCUGAAGGAUCUCAUUGAGAAGCACUGUGGUGGCGUCAUUGGCGGUUGGGAUAACCUCCUCGGUAUCGUGCCGGGUGGUUCGUCCGUCCCCAUCUUGCCCAUCGACAAGUGCUCCGAAGUGCUCAUGGACUACGAUUCCCUGAAGGACGCGCAGUCCGGUCUCGGCACGGGUGCCGUCAUCGUCAUGGACAAGAGCACCGACGUCGUCUCCGCCAUCGCCCGCUUUGCGUCAUUCUAUAAGCACGAGUCUUGCGGUCAAUGCACGCCCUGCCGUGAGGGUACUACCUGGAUGAUGAACAUGAUGAACCGCAUGGUCGAGGGCCGCGGUCACGUCCGCGAGAUCGACAUGUUGCUCGAGAUCUCUAAGCAGAUUGAGGGCCGCACCAUCUGUGCGCUCGGUGACGCCGCUGCCUGGCCCAUCCAGGGCCUCAUGCGCCAUUUCCGUCCUGAGGUCGAGAAGCGCAUCGAGGAGUUCCGCCGCGCGAACGGGACGGUUGCGUUUGGUGGUCGUCUGGCGAGCGAGAUCGACGACACGCUGGCUGUCCCGGAUAACCUUGGUGCUCGUUUGCCGCCUCUGGAGCAGCCGAUGUCCUCGUAGGCUAGUUGUGCGUAGGUCGUUAUGUACAAUGGUCACUGUCCUUUCAAUCUC